AUGAUCCACGCUCAUGUCGAAAAUGGGCCAGCUUCUCAGCGAACGGUCCCUCCGUUGCCUGGCACAGCACUAAAUUCUACUGCUCAACUUGCGUGGUUCAACCUGUACCAAGCUUCACAACCCCAGCAACAACCUCUCAACCCCCACGAUGGUACAGCCGCCUCCACCCUUCUGCCAAAUCACACUCAGACCGAGCUACCAUUCGUUGGAAGUGACUAUGAAGUUGUCAUCCCACACGCCUGGCCUCGCAAUAUUGCACACAUCGACCACAGCAUCUUCUCCGCUUCAAAACCGUACCCAGUCACAGUAUCAUCAGAUUACACCGACCAAAAAUGUGAGUGCGAGCUAUGCUGUAUCUCCAGCACAGGCACUCACCUCACUAGCUCGUGCAUUAACGUAAACUCGGCAACAGUUUGUGACGACUCAAACUGCUUACUCGGCCCUCGAUGUGGAAACCGGUUUGAGCAGCGGUUUGAACUGGACCUCAUUCAGACUCGAGUCGGUUUGGGCGUGGUAUCGCCCAACAUCAUUCCUCAAGGGGCAUUCGUCGUUGAGUAUGUAGGUGAAAUACUCUACGCUGAAGAUGCCGCAAGGCGUAACGACCGCAGAUACCAGGCGAGGUUCCGAACAGAAGCAGAGUGGGGAGAGCACUCGAAGGUGUACGUCGACGCGCUCACAUGUGGCAACGAGAGUCGGUUUAUAAAUCACUCCUGUAAACCGAACUGCGUAAUGUACGAGUUUGAUUGGACGAACAGCACUAGACUCGGCAUAUUCGCAACCAAAGAAAUCCCUCCACUACAAGAGCUGACUUUCUCUUACAGUCGGCGAAACAGACAAUUCUUCCGGUGCCAGUGCUCCGCUCACGUUAUCACCACGUAG